AUGGAGGCGGCACUGGAUAGCGGUGCAAAGGCAAAGCACAUCAUCCUCGUCCACGGCGUGUGCCACGGAGGCUGGAGCUGGUACAAGGUGGCGGCGGGGCUACGGUCUGCGGCUGGGCACGGCUGCCGCGUCCACGCGCCGGACCUAGCCGCGUCGGGCACCGAUGACCGCCGGCUGCCGGAGGUGGCAACGUUCAGCGAGUACACGGGGCCGCUGCUCGAUGUACUCCGGUCGCUCCCGGCUGGGGAGAAGGCGGUGCUCGUUGGCCACAGCCUCGGAGGCCUUAGCGUCGCCCUCGCCUCCGAGAUGUUCCCGGACAAGGUCGCAGUCGCCGCGUUCCUCUCCGCUUACAUGCCGGACUGCGCGUCCCCGCCGUCGCAUGUCCUCAUACAGGAACGACAGCGCCAUGGAUCCCGAUGUGAAGCUUCACUGCACCCUGAUCUGACCUGGGAGGGGGUCGCGUUGUGCUCGGGCGCCGCAUCAGGUGGCGGUGGCGAGGUGGGAGGGGAGCACGGAGAUGGGCGCGCGGAGACGAAGGAGGAGAAAAAUGGAGAGGCGGGGAGGCUACGCUCGGGGUCCGCAUCAGGCGGCGACAGCGAAGCGGGAGGUGCGCACGGAGACGAAGGACCCGAGAAUGGAGGCGUCCGGGAGCGAGGACUUCGCCGGCGUCAAAGCCACUGCCAGGCGGGACGCGCAGGCGCGCGAGGGGCGCAUGGCUCCUCUCCUGGUGCGGCACACGAGGGAAUGAGGUGGGGAUCGAGCUGCCGGCACACCACCCGACGUUCACCCUUGCUCCACACUUCGUCGGAACUCCAUCUGUUGGUUCUGCACUUAGAUAACCCUCCCAACUACAAUGUUGCACCUGACAACCUCCUACUCAACGAGGCCAAGCUAUCUGCAGGGGACCAUGCCCCUGGACGUUCCUAA